AAAUUCGCUGUCUGCAAGUGCUGGUUGUGACUUUAUCCAUGCACUGGAAAGAUAAGAUAGUGAGAGUGUGCUGUGUCUACCGAGCCGGCAUACAACAAGACUGAGACUGCAAUCAGUGGGAAGAGGGCCAGCUUCCCUGCCUGAGCUCUCAGCGCCCCUACUGGCUGCACGCUGUGCCAAUCAAAGGCUGGUGGGUGGGGAGCAGCCAGACAUGAACACUGAUGUCACAGUCACAUGGAUUCUGGUGUGGUCAUGCUCGGAGGCUGAGAGACAGAAAGCUGUGCUGGCCAGCUGCUGCUGAGACAGCAGUGGAAGGCUUUGCGCUGGUGAUAGUUCUUCUCUUAUGGACCCGAACCUUAAUGAUGUAUUUUGUGAUUUCAGCUAUGAAAGCUCAAAUCGAAAUAAUUCCCUGCAAGAUCUGUGGAGACAAAUCAUCAGGCAUCCAUUACGGCGUGAUAACAUGUGAAGGCUGUAAGGGCUUCUUCAGGAGGAGUCAGCAGAGCAAUGCAGCGUACUCCUGUCCCCGUCAGAAGAACUGCUUGAUCGACCGCACCAGCCGCAACCGCUGCCAGCACUGCCGGCUGCAGAAGUGCCUGGCGGUGGGCAUGUCACGAGAUGCGGUGAAGUUCGGCCGCAUGUCGAAGAAGCAGCGGGACAGCCUGUACGCCGAGGUCCAGAAGCACCGGCUGCAGCAGCAGCAGCGUGACCACCAGCAGCAGCCCGGGGAGGCGGAGCCGCUCACGCCCAGCUACGGCCUCUCGGCCAACGGCCUCACGGAGCUGCACGAAGACCUGAGCGGCUACAUGGACGGCCACACCCCCGACGGCAGCAAGCCGGACUCGGCGGUCAGCAGCUUUUACCUGGACAUCCAGCCGUCCCCCGACCAGUCGGGCCUGGACAUCAACGGCAUCAAGCCGGAGCCCAUCUGCGACUUCGCCCCGGGCUCCGGCUUCUUCCCCUACUGCUCCUUCACCAACGGAGAAGCCUCCCCCACAGUGUCCAUGGCUGAACUAGAACACCUGGCCCAGAACAUCUCAAAGUCGCACAUGGAGACGUGUCAGUAUCUGCGAGAGGAGCUGCAGCAGAUGACCUGGCAGGCUUUCCUGCAGGAGGAGGUGGAGAGCUACCAGAGCAAGCCCCGGGAAGUCAUGUGGCAGCUGUGUGCGAUCAAAAUAACAGAGGCCAUUCAGUAUGUGGUGGAGUUUGCCAAGCGCAUCGACGGCUUCAUGGAGCUGUGUCAGAACGAUCAGAUAGUGCUGCUGAAAGCAGGCUCUUUGGAAGUUGUGUUUGUCAGAAUGUGCCGUGCCUUUGACUCGCAAAACAACACAGUCUAUUUUGAUGGAAAAUAUGCCGGACCUGAUGUGUUCAAGUCAUUAGGUUGUGACGACUUGAUCAGCUCCGUCUUCGAGUUUGGGAAAAACUUGUGUUCUAUGCACCUGUCUGAGGAUGAGAUCGCCCUGUUCUCUGCCUUUGUGUUGAUGUCUGCUGAUCGGUCAUGGCUUCAGGAGAAGGUGAAGGUGGAGAAACUCCAGCAGAAGAUACAGUUGGCUCUCCAGCACGUCCUGCAGAAGAACCACAGAGAGGACGGUAUUCUCACAAAGUUGAUAUGCAAAGUGUCGACACUGCGAGCGCUGUGCAGUAGGCAUACAGAGAAGCUUACAGCUUUCAAAGCAAUAUACCCAGACAUUGUGCGUGCCCACUUCCCCCCCUUAUACAAGGAGCUGUUCGGAUCAGACUUUGAGCAGUCCAUGCCCGUUGACGGGUAGCAGCCCUGCCAGGUGCCAGUGUGCCCACCGUAGGGGAAUGUGGCGGAGGAAUCUGAGACACUUUACCGGUGCCCUGCACAAACCAGAGCGGACAGAUGGCACACUGUUCAACUUCUUCUUUUACAUUGGAGGGGAGGGCUUAGGGAGUUGAUUGUCAAGGUUUACUAUGUUGAAUUUAGUUCUCUUUGGAAGACGCAUGGGACCCGACACCCCACGGGACACGAGGAGAAGAUAGGAACAAAUCAUUUCUGUUUGGUUGAACUUGACCCUCUUAUGCGCUUUUUUUUUUUUUUUUUUUUUUUUUGAAUAUCAAACAUCACGAUUGACUUCAUUCAUUAAUUGUUAGCAGUAUUCCUUAUAUAAGAAAUCAUUUUCUGGCACAUAUGAAGCACGAUCACAUAAGCAAUUGGAAAAAAAAUGAUAGCUGAAGACCUCUUUUGUUAAAAGAUGACCGCAUCAGUAUUAAAUUUUUGUUCUUGUCGACAAACCUGCCAACUUAAAUCUUCGAAAUACCUGACAGACGCGCACAUUUCGGUCAAGUUCAGCCAUCUUUCUCUCGUGUUCGGACUCUUUUGGACACCGUGCUUGGAAUGAAAACUCACAGCAACUUUGAGGGAGGUUCCACUGGCAUAAUGAUGCAAUUGGCGCCUCUCUAUGGACAAUCGUUUAAAAGAGAAUUAAAAAAAAAAAAAAUACUAGAAUUCUGGUAAUUCUAAUGAAAACGCAAUGAUUUUAGCUGUCAAAGACUCCAUCCACCAUUGUUGCAUAGUGAAAUCAUGUAAGGCCAUCUGCUAUUAAUCCUUCUCUGGACAGGUGCCCUGGAGAAGCACAGGGCACCAACACAAUGAAAAGGGUCCAUUCCACCUGUUUUAUAAUGUACUACAGGGUAUAUGGUCAUAAGUACUUAAUAUACAGAAAAAAGUAAUGUUUAUAGAAUCUAUUUUAAAUAACAUGUAUGAUAUUAGUAGUUAGACCAUUCUUAAUUGUUGAAUUGAUAAGGCACUUUUAUUUACACCUUUCUUUAAUUUAAGACUUGUAUAUUUACCUAGUGUUGUGUUGCAUGUGCACAAGAAAUACAAGUUGAAUCAUGGUCACAGGGGUCGAGUCCUGGGAGCUGCAGACGAUGCUGGUUUGGAAGGGAGCGGGAUGUCUUUUAGGAUGGCUGACGUGGCUGCCGGUUGGCGAAUAAAAGAGGCGCGGAUGAGAAGGCAAAGCUAAAGGCACUAUAUCACUCGUUUCCUCAACCACUGCCGGCGUGACACCUGUCAAAAGGUAGCUGUGAUACUCCGCUUAGCGAGCACGCACCGACAAAAUAACAACCAACAAACCUCGCAGUGAUGUUGCAGGGUUUUUUGUUCUUUGGAUUCCUUAGCUCUUUUUUUUUUUUUCCCCCUUCCUCUUUUUCUAAAAAUACAAGAAACCUGAGGUAUACUACAUUUGCAAUGCACUUACUUUCAUAUAACAGAGAGGCUAAAAGAAAACAUUAAAGUGUCUCGAAUCAACAAUGAAUAGCCAUGUGGUUGGGCUGGAAAGAAAAAAAAAGAAAAAGAAAAGAAAUCACACUGACUGUAAUCCAAUUGUUCCAUCUAGUGGAAGAUAAAGAUACGACAUGCAAGUUAGCAGUAAUGACAGAGAUCCAAGGUCUGACCUAAAAGCACAUUUAUGAUCUCCUGUCGGAAGAUUUCGGUGCGACUUUAUCUGCCUUCUCGCCACGGCCUCGGCCCAGCGGCGCUGGAACAGGACACAGAAGGAAACAGUGAAGGGAAAGAAGUGAAUAUUCAAAGCCUUGUCUGGUCGUAAAGCUUCUAUUUUUGUAAACUUGUUUUUUUUUUUUUUUUUUUGGUUAAAUAAACUCAUGAAAGAGAACGAGGGAGAGAAAAAGAUGUCAGGUAGCACUUAACUAUAUUCCUGCAAUAAUUAGACUAGCUGUUGUUUGUAUGAUUAGGGGAGAAACAUAAAAAUGGUAGGACAAGUGCUAUUUUCAGAAUGCUUUGUUGUUGUGCUUCUGUUUUGUUGAGUGUGUCUUUCUUGUCAGUGUGGUAGUAAAGUGGUAGGAAAAAAAAAAAAAAACAACAACCCUGGAUGUGCCAAACAGUAGUCGUCGCUUCCGCUUUCCAAUCUACUCGUCUGUAACGUAGAAUGGAUUCCUAAGACAUUCCAGCAAAACUCAGUAGCGGCUUCUGGAAAAUAUCUUUUGAAGAAAAAAAAAAAAGAGCAAAAAGAAGAAAAAAAAAACAAAAAGGAAAAAAAGUGAUAUCCCUUUAGAAACCCAAGAAAGCAUGUUAACACAUCUGUCACCGACUGUAACAUAGAAUCCAAUCGUCUGUCUUUGUUUUCCGUUUGCACACUAUCAUUCCUCUGCCGUGCAAUUUGUGCGAGGCGUCAGCGCCUCGUGCUGUCACCCCUCAGGGAAGAGUUUCUUUUGUGCUUUCUGUUCGAGAGGUCAUUUGUUUGUAUUGAUUUGAUUUAUUUCUUAGUUUUUUUUUCUUUUUUUUUUUUGUUCAUUUUUUUUUUUUUUUUUGUUCAGGGAUGUUCCAUGAGAAGUGGUUGAGGUUUUUAAAACAAAUUAAGAAUUCAUCACUGAGUUUUUCAUUCCUCAUGUCCAUACGGGGCCUCCAGCCAAGUCAAGUUUGAAAAACUCAUUUGUAAAAAGUACAAAUCCCAUCAUUUUUUUAUAAAGAGCAGUUUUUCAACAUAUUUAUGUCACAUACAAAUGAAAAAAAAAACAGUUAUGGUGUCAUCAGGGUCUUUACAAAUGAUAACCCUCUUUGUUAGCAAACCAAAUAUUCUUAUGCAAUACUAAAUCUGUUGUGUUUUGGGGUUUGUAGUAGAUAUAUGCUGUACCUGAGUAAUAAUCUCUGUUAUGAUCCAAUGCUAUUUUGGAUAUGCACAAAGCCCUCUAUGACUAGGAAACCUCAGUCUCAGAGCAAAAGAGAAACCCAGUCUGGAACACUGCUAGACAAUCCAGGUCGAGAGCGGCAGCGAGGACGAGGCGUGAACGCUCAGGGAGGUAACAGGUAGACCGAAGAAGCAGCUCGCUUUCCUCUGGAGUUGCGGAGCAUUUGAUUAGCUCUUUUGUGAAUUUUCGAGAUCUUCAAAAAAAAAGAAAAAAAAAAAGAAAAUCUCUUUGAAGCACUCAACUGAUGAGAGGAGCUUGGCUGAACUUCUUUGGCAUAGCACACUGAGCAUGUAGCACGGCGCCUACUGCUCGGAAAAUACCACGGAAAUACAGAUCUGGCUAGUUUCCUGUUUUAAAAAUAUAUGGUGUGUUUCUUAAAAAAAAAAAGAUAUGAUUUGUAAGUCACAUCAACAAUGACGUAUUUUGUAAAAUAUUGGGUGGUCUAAAGUUGACCGCCUUCUUUUCUCAUCAUGUGUUCAGCUUUGAUUUCGCUCAAGUCUAAAUAGUUGAGUUGCUCUUUAAUGUGCUCUACAAAAAUAUUGAUAAGCAAUAUGCCUUGUGUUACAAUUACGGGUCUCCACAAUACAGUCGUCAUCCUUUUGAAUUGACUUUAUUCGUACAGCUGACUCCUGACAUUUAAUGUAAUUCAAACAUAAUAAAGCCCCAUUUUCAUUUAUUUUGUUUUAUUUUAUUUUUGUUCUUGUGUUGUGUGGUUGCAAUAGCGGCAGGAAAGCAGAAAACGGUCAUCAAACACAUGGAUACUUGUAUCUACCUACAAACGAAGCCUUCGCACAGGCCUGAGAAGUGAUGUCCUUCUGUAUAUUCUCAUCUGACGCGUCCCACUUUAAGUAAGGGAUUGAUGCUAUGUGUGCUAUUCAAUCAGUGUAUAGUAUUCAGUAAAAUGUGCUGGUCCCUCUGUCUCUGCUCUGUUGUCUGUUUGUAAAAAGCAAUAGUGUGUGUGUGCGUGCAUGUGUGUGUGUGUGUGUGUCUCUCUGUUCUGACAGUGUGUGAAUAAAAUAAACCCCAGACAAGGCUUUAAUAAUUACAGAGGAACAGGGUUAUUUGGACGAGAAGGGUUUGAUUUUAUUUGACUUGUUUUGUUUUUGUUUUGUUUUGUUUUUUUUUUUAAUAAAAACAAUGAAAAGGAAAAAAAGGUUUUUUGGAAAUGCUGCGCUUGAUCCAUCCAUGAUAGGUGUAGGUUUUAAAAAGCAUGACAUAAUGCCUUCAACAAUUCAUGGGUCUGCAGGGUGCUGUGAGGCCACAGUAUUUAAAAUAGACAGAAAAAAAGACGAGCCUCGCUCGGACCUGCACUGCCAGCACCGCACCGGCCCGGGCUGAAAUGAUCUGAAAUGAAUUUUGGACCGUCAAUCGUGGAAAUGAGUCUCCUUGACCGUAAAUUGUGAAGAUCAGCGUUAUGUCACGCUUCAAGUUGCCAGUGGUGUUACCCAGAAUUACCAGUCAGUCGUCACAUUUUAAC